AUGUCACUCCCUCAGUGUCAGAUGGCGCCAUUCAACCUUACGCUUUUUCCCGUAUGCCGUGACGUCAUUUCCGUCUAUUUGACGUCAGAGCGAGUGAGAACAUGUGUUUUUGCUAAGCACAACAUUGAGAAAACGAAGACAGCCAGUGUAUUUAUGUACGAGUGCAAAGCACUGGUUUGCAUUUUUUUGGCAGCACACAUCUUCACGAUUUCACGAGGAGGUAACAGAGCCAAAGAAUCUGACGCCAUACGUCAUUCAACCAACAGUGAUGACAUCAUCAACACCAACUCUACGACGUACGCACUCGGACCUGUCAAGAAAAAAGAAGACACCCGGGGGAAGGCUCCUUGUGGAUCAUUGUGUGUAAACAUUUCGAUCAAACUACAACAUGUGUUUCCAAAACGGAAUCACAACGAAAAAACUAAACGUAGUUAUAAACAACCUAAAGUUAGCAUUCAGACUUAUUUUAGAACUUUUUCAACAAGGAGUACACACAUGACAAAAACGGGCAAACGUGGACAGAGUCACAAACCGGAAGUACAAAAUAGACAGAAUUCAGGGAAGCACGUGAAUACGACAAACCAUUUUGGCGAUACACGGAACAGCUCUCGCGCCAUUAGUCGUGAGAGGCGAUACGCCUACGAGGACAACGACGAAUGGCAGUACGAUGAAAAAUUCGAUUAUGAUGACGACUCUGAGGAAACCAAAAAAUGGAAGAAGUACGCCAAGAAUUGGGACAAGAUCGGUCUCCGUCUGAUCUACAUCGGUUCAACUAUCAUCAUGAUCACGUGCUGCUGUUUUCUGUGCUGUAGGAAGUGCUGCCUACUCGUCUGUUCAACCUGUUCUCAUAUCGUCAUGACCUGUGUUGACAGAUGUCGUUGUAGGGAUCCAAUGUAUCGUAAGAUAAAAAUCCUGUCGGAUCGGCUCGGUAUACAGUUGGAUUACGACACGUACAAGGCCAUGAAGCAGGGUUACACUCAGGAUAUAGCUGAGCAGGGCUUCGGGAUCUCUUUAUAAAGUCAGCAUGACCAGCAUACAGAGGUCAAGGCCAACACUAGCCGUACGUAAAGAGGGACCAACACAUGCGAAGUUCAGGACUGAAUUUAGUGAAGAAAGGCGCAACGUGUCUUGGUUUAGUUUGUUGGGUUUUUUUUCGUUUUUUUUUAUUUG